AUGUAUAGCGAAGGUCUCACACGAAAUGAAAGUGCAGAUGCUGAAGAUGAGGGUCAUAAAUGGACAUUAGGCGCCUUACUUCGUAAACUGCAAAGCAGCGGAAUAGACACAAAUUUGUUAAUGGUUCGAGUGGAAGAUGUUAUAUUGAAAGCUUUAUUCUCUGUACAAGGACAGAUUGCAGCGGCUUGUAAAAACGUUGUUCCUUAUUCAAAGUGUUGUUUCGAAUUAUUUGGUUUUGAUGUGCUCAUUGAUGCUAGUCUCAAACCAUGGUUAUUGGAAGUUAAUCUCUCUCCAAGUUUAACAUGCGAUUCUCCACUUGAUUUGCAGUUGAAGUCAUCUUUAGUUUGUGAUGUGCUCACACUUGCUGCCAUACCACUCAAUGCUCGAAAGUUUGCUGAAAAUCAGCAUACAAAAACUGGUCUAAUGAGUGGUGCUCUAAAACGAAUGAGAUAUAGGUCAAAGGAAAGAUCGAUGUUUAUCACGCAGCGUUUAAAAAAAAAAUCAUUGCGUUGUUUAUCACCUUCUUUGAGCCCAUCUAAAUUUCGAAAAAACAGUAGAGAAUGUGUUCGGAAAAGUCUUGAGCAAUGGAAAAUGGAAUCUAAUCGUUUGGGUGCUUUUCUUCCUUUGUUUCCUCGUGGCAAUUCAUUUCUUGUUUACAGAUGUAUAAUGGAAGAAUACGACAUCAUUAAUUGGGAUGCAUGUUUAUUUGAGGGCAUUCAUGGCGAUAAAUUUUCACAAGAUCUAGAUAAAGAAACAGUGAAACUAGUGCAUCAAGAAUUGAUGGAUUGCGAAAAUAUCACUAACACGAGUGCUUUGUCUAAUUCAGUUCUUCAAGUAUUGAUGCCUUCUUUGAAAAUGGCUGAAAAGUAUUUGUCGAGAAUGACUACACCAGGUGUAAAAUAUGCAAAGAAGUUGCCCAAACUUCGUCCGGAAUUAUGUAAGAGAUCUGGAAGCUUUGAAGAAUCAAAACGCAAAGCGCGACUUGUAUCAAAUGAUGAUGAUAUAAUUUUUACUACAACUUCGCAGAUUGAUCGUGCUAAUUUUGACAGAAUACCUCUUGAUGAGAAGCCGAGUUCAAAAGUUCCCUUAACAGAACUGUCUCAAACCACUGAUGUAAAGGCGUCAGCAGGACAAUCUGAAGUUGAGAAAAAGAUCAGUGAAGGGUCUGAUCCCAACGAAAAUGCUGAACCAAUACUACCGAUGCAAAAUUACUAA